AUGAUUUCUCGUUCGAUCGUUACCAAACUUCCCAAAAUCAAUCUAAAGUGGUAUCAUUCAACUGCUUCACUCAAUUCUUCGAUAAAACUCGAUCCCCUCGAAUUACACAAUCAUAAAGACUGGUUAAGCCCAACUGAAGUCAUCAAGAUUUUCGAAACCCUAAAAGAUCCCAAUUCGACCCUCACUGUUCUUAAUCAACUCUCAAAGCGAAAAGAUUAUAAUCCCAAUGAAGCUCUGUACACAUCCGUGGUAAAUAAUCUUUCAGAAGCCAAGAACUUCGAUGGAAUUGAAGAAGUAAUGAAGAGAAUCAAGGUCGAAAAAAGAUGCAGACUUUCCGAUGGGUUUUUCUACAAUGUCAUCAGGAUUUACGGGCUUCGUGCUGGUAGAAUAAAUCGAGCAAUUGAAACGCUUUUCGAUAUGCCAAACUACAGUUCAUGGCCAACUCCCAAAACGUUUAAUUUUGUAUUGAAUUUGCUUGUGAACACUAAGCAGUUUGACGUAAUCCAUGAGGUUUACAUGGGUGCUGGGAAAUUAUGUGUUGAAAUCGAUGCUUGUUGUUUGAACAUCAUGAUGAAAGGCUUGUGUAAAAACGGGGACAUAAAUGCUGCACUCCAAGUGUUCGAUGAAUUUCCUAAACAAAAUUGUUUAAGGAAGAACAAUCGAAUCGAAGAAAGUAUUGAGGUUUUUGAGAAGAUGUUGCUAAAAGGAUGUGAACCCAUUCCAAGCACAUAUCAAGAGGUUUUGUAUGCAUUGAUCGAUAGCAAAGAGUACAUCAAGGCUAUGAAUUUAGCAAAAAAGAUGUCAUCCAUGAAAAUGGUUCCAAGUUUUGAUUCAUAUAAAUUGAUCAUCCAUGGCCUUUGUGAAGAAAAGAAUGUUGAAGAUAUUGAUUUGGUUUUAAAACAUAUGAUAGAAAAUGGGUAUUUACCAAAAUUGUCAAUGUGGAAGCAUAUCCUUCAGUGUAUACUUCGAAACUAG